AUGUCUGCCCCUGUCCCGUUCGCUGAGCGCAAGCAGCCGGGGAUUUUGUGCCUGUUCGAUGUGGAUGGCACGCUGACGCCGGCCCGCCAGCAGGUGUCUGACGCGAUGCUCGACACACUCAAGGCGCUGCGCGAACAUGUGGUGAUUGGCUUUGUGGGCGGCAGUGACCUGUCGAAGAUCCGCGAGCAGCUGCAGCUGCCCGGGCACGCCGACAUUGUGACGCAGUUUGACUAUGGCUUUGCGGAGAACGGCCUGACGGCGUACCGGAUGGGCGAGCAGCUGGCGAGUCAGUCGUUCAUUGGCUGGCUGGGCGAAGACAAGUACAAGGCGUUUGUCAAGUUUGUCCUCAACUACAUCUCGCAGCUGGACAUCCCCGUGAUGCGCGGCACCUUUAUCGAGUUCCGCCGCGGCAUGGUGAAUGUGAGCCCGAUUGGCCGCAACGCCUCCGUGCAGGAGCGCCACGACUUUGAGAAGUUCGACAAGGAGCACAACAUCCGCUCGGCAUUUGUUGAGGCGCUCAAGAAGCAGUUCCCCGACUAUGGCCUGACGUACAGCAUUGGCGGUCAGAUCAGUUUUGACGUGUUUCCUGCUGGAUGGGACAAGACGUACGCGCUGCGCCACGUCGACGAGAAGGGCCGCGCACUCCCCGACGGCUUCCGCGAGAUCCACUUUUUCGGCGACAAGACCUUCCCCGGCGGUAACGACCACGAGAUUUUCUCGCACGCUGGCGUGACGGGCCACACGGUCACGAGCCCGGAGGACACGAUGCGGCAGCUGCACGAGCUUUUCCUCCACUAG